AUGGAGAAUGACAUCAGCCUGUUAGAUAAAACAAAAUUCACACCAAAUUCUGUAUUUGUUAUCAAAAACCCAAAAUUUUUAGAUGUGAAGCGUGUUUCUUUAUCUUCGGCGGAAAUAAUUGCCAGCAACCAAGACCUUCUGACCGAAAUUCUCAUCCGAAUACCUGCAAAACCUCUCCUGAAAUGCAAGUGUGUAUCAAAACAGUGGCUCUCUUUAAUUUCUGACCCCAAAUUCUGUAUCUGGCAUGCUUGCCGCCAACGAGUCCUAAACCCCACACCCAAUGCCCUCCUGCUCAACAACUUUUACUCAUCCACUCCGACUUUCCAGUUCAUCCCUCUCAUUGGUGAUGAUUCAUCGUCUUAUUCUCAAGCUGCAGUCUUUGACUAUUUGAAUGUGUCUCCGAAUUAUCGGCUCAAGAUAAAGAAUUCUUGCAACGGAUUGAUCCUUUGUAUGUCCAUCUUCUAUGGCCGUGGUUUUGAUGAUGCAGGUUCUGAACUCAAGGGUGUUAUUUGUAUUCCCACUACCAAGCAAUUCAAGACUCUUUCUUUUCCGGUUCCUAAAUUCGGGAAUUCUAAAACAUAUUCAAGUUUUUAUGGUUUGGCCUUUGAUCCCUUAAAAUCACAUCACUACAAGAUCAUUUGUCUUCAUGUUGAUUAUCGAGUCUCUAAAAAUCUCCAAAUUUAUCUAUAUUCCUCACGUACCAACUCUUGGAGCUUCUUGCAAAACUCUUUGGAAGCACCAACUUUGUAUGGUUUUGUGAAUGGGGUUUUCUGCAAUGGUGCUAUUCAUUGGUGCAGUUGUGAACAAACCACAUUGUAUUUCGAUGUAAAUACUGAAAGUUUGAAGAUAAUGCCAACGCCUCCUAUAUUUUCGACUGUAAACAGAUUUCGGGAAAUGAUGUACUUUGGGGAAUCAAGGGGCCGUUUGCACUUGGCAGGCAUAGGACGCCGUUUCAUCUUUGGAUUUGAUGUUUGGGAGAUGGCUUCUGAUUAUUCUGGAUGGUCUUUUCUGUACCAUGUGAGUCUUCAUAGUAUGAAAAGGGCAUUUCCUGAACAAAAGUUUGAUACAUUUUCAAUAUUGAAUGUUCUUCUGGCUGAAAAGAAAGAAGAAUUGAAGGUUGUGAUAUCAGUUGGCAGUAUAGCCGUGUCCUUGAAUGUUUUCGAUGGUACAUCGAAGAUGCUUAGUGUUUUAGAGCCAGGACUUGAAUUUCCUGCUGAAUUGGGUUAUGAAGGGCAGAUGCCUUUCAAUACUUUCAGUCCCUUGUUUGUGUUUGAGCAUAACACUUUCACUGAUUGGUAUUCCAAUCAUCAUGUUGAUUGUUAUGCAAUUCUGCAAUGUUGAAAUUUCUGGUUUUGAGCGGAGAUGCCAGAGCAUUCCAAAACCUGGGCUUGGCAUAUGACCAUCCAAGUUGGUGACCUGGCUUUUAUCAAAUGGUUAAAGAGAAGCUAGUUUUAUCAUGACAACCAGGCUUCCCAAAUUUUAGUAUCAGCUAGUAUCAGAUAUAUUUCCCCUUUUGCAAAGCUCACUUAUAGUUUUGGCUGUUCUCUAAUUCAUACAUGUAUUAAGUUUUAUGGAUACAAAAAUUGUUGAAUGAUGAUAACAUUGCAACUUUAAUUUGUAUAGUAACAUCAUAACUAUUGGGUAUUUAAGAUAUAUUUCGGUCCAGUAGUGAGUCUGACUACAAAAGCAUACUAUGUGAAUUCGUAAAGACGAUAUCUUUUAUCAUGGGUUACUUGUUUACAUCAUUGGCCAUGGAUUUUAAAAUUGUA